GGUCGGCAUUCCUCUCUCCAAGCCCUAGCCCUAGAUAGUUUCUUUCCUCUCUCUCUCUCUCUCUCUCUUAAUGGUGGAAGAGAGGGAGGCGGAGAAAGGAGGAGAAGAGAGGCAGGCGUCGUCUCUCCCUUCGGGGAAGCGCGUCCUCUCAGCCCCUUCUGCCUCCAACAAGAAGAAGACCCGCGACCACCCGGACCUCACCGUCUGCCAUCGCUGCGGUCUCCGCUUCCCUUCCGACAGCCCCCGCGACCGCCUCCUCCCCCUCCGCUCCCAGUGGCGCGUCGUCCUCCUCUGCAAGCCCUGCCUUUCCCUCCUUCGUUCAGCCCUCGCUUGCUCCUACUGCUUCGAAGAAGUAGAGCAAGAAUCCUCCUCCUCGUCCUGCGUUGAUUGCCUUCGAUGCUCCCGCCGCGUCCACCGCCACUGCAUUCACCGGGAGCAGCGCUGCUUCGUCACCCCUCAGCACCUCGAUCCGGCCUCCUUCACCUGCAUCGACUGCUGCGCCAUCCCCAGAUCUCGGAUCGCAGCCCUUAGGACGGCGACGACGACUGCGGCUCAUCCCCCUAGUGUCUCGCUGGAGGAUGCAGUGAAAAACGCGGAGAAGAAGGCCGAGGCGGCUGCCGUGGCCAAGGAGAAUGCUCUGAAGAAGGCCGUGGCGGCCAAGCGAGCCACCGAGCGGGCGCGGGACGCGCUGGGUGCUGUCCUGGUAGAGAAGAAGGGGGGUCCUCAGAAGCCCAGUGCAGAUUCUGUGGUCCCUGAUGAGGAAUUGGCCCUCCAAUUGCAUUUGGCUAUGAAUGGUUCACAGAGGAUCUCGAGGAGUUCUUCGCGUUUGGGCCGUGGUCUGGCUGACCCCAAGAAGGUGCGAGGUGGUGGUGGUGGUGAUUCAAAGCCUUCUGUUGGUAGGGAUAUUGAUUUGGAUCUUAGGAUUUGUGGAAAAGUCGAAUUUUGUACUGAGGAUAAGUCCCUCUUUGACAGUUUAGAGAAAACUGGGCUUGAUUUGGGUUCUGAUGGACAGGAGAAGAAGAAGGUAGGUGAUAGAAAUCGUAAACAUGGUGUAGGAGAUAAGCACAGUAAUGGUUCAUUAUCUGACAUGAACGACCAUGUGCUUCCAUCAGGGUGUGGAAAAAAUGUUACAGAAAAUUUAUCAGAAUUGCAGCAAAAGAAGGGCAGUACUCCUGACCGGUACUUGAAGAAAUAUAGCAAGAGAAACUCAAGACUGAAAGGAGUGGUCAAUAGGAAUGACAGUCAGCUAGUUCCUUUUAGCCAGAUAAGUGGUUAGGUGGCAUCUAGAACAUUCACUGUUGCCCAUAUCACUCCCAUAAAGCUCCCGUAAAUUCUUCGACAAAUGCAAGUGUCCUGUUAGGGUGCCAAGCAUGAUGGGAAGAGGAUUGGUAGCCAUGUCUAAGUUUCCUGAUGAAGCAUUGGAGUAAUUUAGGAUAGAGGUUUUUUUAGAUCCAGUGGUUCGACUCUAAUUGUUUGUGUCCUUUGUAUAUUCUGCCUGAGUCAUGAGACAUGAGCUCAGAGGCUUUAACCUCAUCCAGAAACCUUUCCUUGAUUUAUGAAUAACCUGUUCAUAAUUAAGUGAGGUUAUCUGAUAUGUUAACCAUUGUAAUUUGUUGUUUAGGUCUGGCAAAAAUACAUUAGACAUCAUAUAUUUUCUGUUUGCAUGGAGAGUGAAUCAGGUGUUGCUGAUGCAAAUGUUACAUUUAGAGGAUGCGUACUUGCUCGAUUGGUGAAAUCAUUAGGUGCUGGAUACCAGGGACCCAGGAUUAAAUCCUGGCUUCACCAAUGUUGGCUCCGCUUCCAUCCUAGCGUUCGCCGAAAAAAGAAAGGCACACAGACAUGUAAGUGCACGUGCAUUGACAAUCCUUUAUUUCUUACCAAAAGAGAUGACAAACAUUUGUUAGAUAUUCAAGUAGUUUUGAGAGGUUAUUUUUUUAAUUUAUUUUCUUUUAAUGGUUAUGCUGCCUGAUGAAUAAUAAUCUUUAGAACUUAAAUGCCAUGGAGGUGGUAGGUUGUUGAGAGUUCCUGGGCCUUAGUAACAGAGACAUGUAUUGGAUUGGGACUGAUGUUGUAUCAGAAAAUAUUUCAAUGAAUUGAGCCCAGCAGUUUGCUUAA